UCCGCCCCCGCCGCCGGCUCCUUCCGUCAUGGCGCUCUUCGAGCAGAUGCGGGCGAACGUGGGGAAGCUGCUGAAGGGGAUCGACAGGUAUAACCCAGAGAACUUGGCCACGUUGGAACGCUAUGUGGAGACGCAGGCCAAGGAGAACGCCUACGACCUGGAGGCCAACCUGGCCGUGUUGAAACUGUAUCAGUUCAACCCUGCCUUCUUCCAAACCACGGUGACCGCCCAGAUCCUGUUGAAAGCCUUGACCAACCUGCCCCACACCGACUUCACCCUCUGCAAGUGCAUGAUCGACCAGGCUCACGUAUCCUUUGUUGAAGGGGGAAGCUGGUGCCGCGCCACCGCCGGGAGACCAAGCCACAAGCCGAAAAGGGCACCGUUGAUCUCGACGACAUCUCUAGGAAAAGCCGGGGUCUUCGCAGCCUCACGCUUUCCCUCCAGCGCAGCGACCUUCUCGGCUUACCUUACGAGCAGUGUCCCCUCUAAGCUGAGUACCCCCCUGCGCCUAGGCACGAUCAACAGCUGUGAGGACAAGGGCCUUCUCGAGUCGGUAGUGGCCCCCGUCAUGUAUCAGUUCAACCCUGCCUUCUUCCAAACCACGGUGACCGCCCAGAUCCUGUUGAAAGCCUUGACCAACCUGCCCCACACCGACUUCACCCUCUGCAAGUGCAUGAUCGACCAGGCUCACCAAGCGCUGGAUGAGAACAUGGAUCUCCUGGAUGGGAUCACUGGAUUUGAAGAUUCCGUACGGAAAUUUAUUUGCCACGUGGUGGGGAUCACGUACCAGCACAUCGACCGGUGGCUGCUGGCAAAGAUGCUGGGGGAUCUCACAGACAACCAGCUGAAGUCCUGGAUGAGCAAGUACGGCUGGACGGAGCCGGAGCCGGGAACCAUCUUCAUCUGCAACCAGGAGGAGAGCAUCAAGCCCAAGAACAUUGUGGAGAAGAUAGACUUUGACA